AUGGAGCUCCAGAAUGACACGUGCGACGCUCUGUGUGUGCUGUGCGAGGCCUACGUGAGCUACAACAAGGAUCUGGGCGCUGUUCGACGCGCGAUUCACAAGCGGCUGGUGGAAGAAGCGUGGAAGAUCGCAAUGCGCUCUCGCCACUAUCUCACUGCGCAGUGCCUGGACGUGCCAAGCAACUCGGCUUGGAUGGUGCUGUACACCUACGGCGAUGACAGCAACUUCCUCAAUGCAACAAGUCUGACGAGGGCUUCUUUUCAGCAGCUACUACGCAGGUUCGCGCGGUUCUUCUACCUGCCGUCUGUGACGGCAAAAGGGGGCCGUCCGACCAAGCUGCGGUUCCAUCACCAGGCGCUGGGCCUCAUCCUUUGCUUUUACGUCGGAUCGAUGGAGCAAGGAGCGCUCUGCAUGAUUUUCGGCGUGCCGCCCACGACGCUCUCACGGUAUCUGCGCAGGGCGGAAGAAGCACUGGCAAAGGCCUUGACCAACUUUGCGCCAGCACGCAUUUCGUGGCCGUCUGCAAAACAGCAAGCUGAACUGGCAAGACUCGUGGAAGCACGCGAGCCGCUGCUUACGCACACGUUUGGUUUUAUAGACGGCAAGAAUUUAAAGGUAUGUGCAUUUGAUGAACUUGCUAGUGUAAAUCUGACAAUGGUGUUCUUCUUUUGUGUUAAUGCUAACCAGGUUCAGGAGCCAUCGAAUGCAGACAUGCAAAAUGCAAUGUACAAUGGAUGGCUGGCUACACUCCGUGUACGUCACAGGGACAAUAUGCUUUGCGGCAGACGGUUGUAUUAUCUGGAGCAAGCACAAUUGCCCUGGAUCUUGGAAUGA